CCAGACUCCAUACGGUGACAGAUAGAGAGAAAGCUUUGAAAAUGGCAAUGGCUUGGAGGCAUCCUACCCUCCAUCACCGUGACUCCGAAACGCCAUAGUUCCAAGCAUCACUCUCAUGGUGCCGGACUUUAGCUCCAGACCAUCUCUUUCCUUCGUCAUCUCCUUCCACCUCUACCGCCACUCAUUCGUCUCCUCCCUUCAACAGGGACCAAUACGUGGCGUUUCAUGAAAUGUACGGCCAGGGCGGGAGCUGGGGCUGUGAAUCUUGCUCGGGGGACACCCGUCAGACCCUCCAGCAUACUGGUUGUCGGCGCCACCGAGACUCUGGGGAGGCAGAUUGUGAGGAGAGCACUUGAUGAGGGACAUGAUGUUAGGUGCUUGGUUAGGCUGAGACCAACUCCUGCCGAUUUUCUAAGAGAUUGGCGUGCUACUGUUGUCAAUGAUGUGGCUCCUCUGACCUUUAUAGGUUUAAGAAAUGAGAAAGUCAAUGGGAAGCUUCUCGCAUUUGCUGGCGCUUGCGCUUGGACAACCCAAGAGGUAAUAAGGCUUUUUGAGUGCACAAAUGAUGUUGCUGAUAGAUUGGCAUUUUCAGAGGUAAGUUCUUAAAAUGAAAGAUGUGAAUAUGAUCAAAGAAAAUCGUAUUUCAAAAUGUUUUAUUUGCACUCAUUUUUUUCUUUCUUUAUGUUCGUAUGUUUAUGAGGAAAUUAAAAACAAGCUCAAAGGCCUUGCACUUUUCUCUUUUCUCAAUAUCGUUGAUUCUAUAUCAAAUUUUGUCAAUAUAAUUAUCAAUGACAAAGAAGGUUAAGUAAUUUUCUCAAUAUCGUUGAAUUUUUCUUCCGUAAAUGUUGCUUAUUAUUUUUUUCAACAGGAGUUCCAAUGAAUUUUAUCUUUGUUGUAUCUAUUUG